AGCCAAAACACUGGCUCCGCCUGUGCCUCUGGUACUGUGACCUCGUAUUUGUUUUGUUUGAGAUUUCUGGAAUUUGGAAAAGGAGGAUAUGAUUUCUGCAUCUUCUUUUUCGUUUUGUUUGCUUAAUGAGUAUAAAAGUAAUCAUCAUAUUCCCAUAUAUCAUAGAAGUUUAUAUCACUGACUUCAUCUCGUGGAAAAGAAAUUGGAGUGGGAGAUCAAUGGCAGCAAACAUUCAGUCUGUUUUAUCAGAUAUGGGCAUAACAUGGUUUUGGAUUUUGAAGCUAUCUGGCUACGAGAUGUUGAACUGUCUAUAAAAAGAUGUUCUUUUUUCUCAAUUCUAUCCUUAGAGUUGUCUUAUCUGAGCCUCUUCAUCCAGUUCUGAAAGAGUUACUCUGAGGUUACUAAACCUCUCUAUUGUACUUCACUACUACACCUCCCACCAAGGCAUGGCAACAGACACGAAAGAUUUAUUUUUUAACAGUGCAAGGAGAUUUUCUACUUUGAAACGACAAGAAAUCUGUUCUGCCCUUCGGUACAAGUGAGCGUUUUAGGAUAAAUCGGGUAGUUUUCAUUCACACUUGUCAUAUUGGCCUGUUGAAAACUUGUAUAUUUUUUGCUACUAUAAGAAGGGAUUUCAUAUCUUCUCUUCCAAGGUUCCCGUGCCAGCUGAAAUCAUGUUUCUGUGUCCUUAGAUGGUCUCUUAUAUUUUGCUCUCUUUGUUCUUGACAAGCCUCUUCUUUAAGCAGGAAAUGGAGCUUUCAUUGAUAGGAUUGCAAAAUGCGGGGAAAACAUCUCUUGUAAAUGUUAUUGCUACUGGUGGAUACAGUGAAGACAUGAUACCAACAGUGGGAUUUAACAUGCGCAAAGUGACUAAAGGAAAUGUGACUAUAAAAUUGUGGGACCUUGGAGGUCAACCCAGAUUCCGCAGCAUGUGGGAGAGAUACUGUCGUGCAGUUUCUGCUAUAGUUUAUGUUGUUGAUGCUGCUGAUCCUGAUAACCUCAGCAUUUCAAGUAGUGAACUCCAUGACCUGCUGGGCAAGCCAUCGCUGAGUGGUAUUCCAUUACUUGUAUUGGGGAACAAGAUUGACAAGCCCGGUGCCCAGUCCAAGCAGGCUUUGACUGACCAGAUGGGAUUGAAAUCAAUAACUGAUAGAGAAGUAUGCUGCUAUAUGAUCUCGUGCAAGAACUCCACUAAUAUUGACUCAGUCAUUGAUUGGCUUGUUAAGCACUCGAAAUCAAAGAGCUAAGGAUCACACUUUUUUGUAGUACUGAUUUGUAUGUUAACUUUGUGAGGCUAUUGGUUUUUUCUGCUGGUUUCUCCAGAGUUCUCCUUGUAUUGUAUAUUAAAUUAUUAUUGAAAGAGUUCUUACAUGUUUCUUUUUUUCUUUUUGGGA